AUGUCCUGUGCUGGUUGCUUUACCGGUGGGGUCCGCGAUGGCAAGCCCAAGGGCACCUAUGAGCAACUCCACGGCUACCGCACAUAUAUUGCGAAACCAUCAAAGCCUCAUCUAUCGGGCAGCAAAAUCCUCUAUCUACCCGACUUCUUCUCCCACAAGCUCGUGAACAAUGCUCUUCUGGCCGACGCCUACGCCGAAGAGACAGGCCUCGAAGUCAUAUUCCCCGACAUCGUGCGCAACGGCGGAGUCGAUCCCUCGUGGAUGCCCGUUUUCGAGCCUCUCAUGUCCGACACCACGCCCUUCUGGCAGAAACUCUGGUGCGGCAUCCUCAUCAUCCCGCUGCUGCCCAUGAUGAUCCUGGGCGGGCCCGAAAAGGCCUACCCUGAGAUCCUUCGCUACGCCCGUGCCGUCAAAGCGUCCCUUCCACAAGGUGCCAAGCUGGGCGUCGCGGGUUUCUGCUGGGGUGGCUAUGGCAGCACGCACCUGUGCAAGGAGGCCGCCGUGGAGGGUGGCACCGAGAACCUGAUCGGUGCGCAUUUCGCGGGCCACCCUUCGCGGCUGGAUGCGCCGAAGGAUGUCGUGGAUGCCAUCACCCAGCGCAAUGUGCCGUACUCUGUCGCGGUGGCGGAGAUUGAUCCGAUGUACGAUGCGAAGAAGGCGGAGGAGACGGAGGCGAGACUGCGGCAGGAUGGGGUUGAGUCUGGGAAAGAUGGCAAGGUCUUUGAGAUCAAGAUCUACAAGGGCUCGCAUCAUGGGUUCUGCUGUCGGCUGAAGGAGGGCGAGGAUGAGGAGAAUGCCGCGGCGGCGGAGAAGCAGGCCAGUGAGUGGUUCAAGAAGCAUCUGACUUGA